CUCUACAGCCUUUAACUAAACAAUUGCACAAUAAACGGUCAAACUCUUAACAUGAAAAUGUAUCAUUUAAAUACAUAAACAACAUAUUUGUAAGCCGGGGCAUAUAAAGACUGGGACCAGAAGAUAAUUACUUUCUCUCCAUUGAAACCCAUAAAUAUUUUUCGAGGUCCCAUUGGCUCUACCGGAAAGGGCGUGACUCCGCCACUCUUUACGUUCGUUAAUUGGUCACACUGUUAGUGCGCACUGCGCAUGCUCACUUCCACGGCGCACUUUGCAGAGGCCUGAAGGACACCUUUUUUUGUCGUUUUACGUGCGUGUUUAUGAUCCAAUAAUAUGACACUGACAAGGGAAUUACUGCAGAGGACAGCGCAAGGGGGCAAACGAUUAAUAAGAUGGCUCCAGAAGGAGAGGCUGGUUGCAAGGAAAAAACGAUGCCCUGUGUGCAACAACAGAAUGCAAUUCAAAAGAACCAACACGACCAAGGAUGGAUACAGGUGGUAAGAGACGAUCAUCAUUGCCACACAGGCUACACUCAGAUCAAUGUGCCAUUAGAUUAUAUUGCAUCUUAACAUUGUACUUCAAUUUCAAUUCCCACUCGGAACUUGCUCUCCUCUGCUGUUUCUCUCUCCUACUACUCACAAAACACAAAACCAUAGGAGGAGCAGCGACUUUGGGACAGUGACACAUGUUUUAUUAUUUUGGUUCCGUACUAUAGCACCUUCCGUUUGAAAGGAUGCCCAUGAAGUUAAAGUGCAUACUGUCAACUUUAAUUGUUGAGUAUUUAAAUCCAUAUCAAAUGACAUUGAAGCAGCUUUUGUACAUGGUCCUCCCAUUUUAGGGCUUCCUAUUCUUUGAACAUAAUGCACAAGUCAAACACCCAAUCUCAAUCCAAUUUAGUAUAUAUAUUUCACAUUGUUACGUACAGUGUUCUGUAUGUCUUAUAUGUUAUGCAUGGUAUAGGCCUACAUGUAUUGUGUUCUGUUUUGUGUAGUAUGUUUGUGUUGUUGUUCUGUCUCCUCCUCCUGUUUUCAUUCUCCAAGUUCUCAGAUGUGCGCACCUGGUCCCGAUCACCAAAUCACCACACCUGUUCCAGAUCUCCCAUCAACCAUUCCCCUUUAAAUAGUCCUGUGUUUGUUUGUCAGGGGGGAGUGCUUUGGUUUGAGCUGUAGCAGAGCUUUGGUUGAGCUCUGUUUGCUAGUGUUUGCUAGUGUUUGCUAGUGCUUGGUUUCUUUGUUGGUUUAUUGUAUUGUCUUUAGUUGUUACAUGUUUGUUUAAACCUUACUACUUUAGUUGUUAGCAGCCUACUUUAGUUUUGUCUUUGUCUUUGUUAAUUCUUUUGUUGUGCGCACAGGGUCAAUAAGGACAGGUAAGAUACCCUGGGGUUUACAUAUUUCAUACACGUAGGUUUACCCGUUGUUAAUACCCUAGGUUAGAGUGAGCACCACCCACUGUACUUUUUCGGUGCAAAGCACCUGUCAAUGGGGGGUUGGGUUUUGUUAUGUUCUUUUCUUUGGUGCCACUGACAGUCCUUGUUGAUCCCUGUGUUGCCUUUUUUUGUACAUAAACACUUUAUAUUGAAUUCACCUUUUGUCUUGGAUUUUGUGUGACUGCACCCUCACUUGCCCAAACCUGUUGCCCUUAUGUUGCGUCCUACUCCGAGCCACCAGGGGGGCGUAACAUAAAUUGGGGGCUCGUCCGGGAUCCUUGAUCCUUUUAAGCAACGGGUUUGAUGAGUGUUGGUGUGCAGUGCACACGUCAAGUAGGCUGGUAGUGUUGGUUAGGUUGGUAAAGUUUUGGGUAAGGCUAUUUGAGAAAAAAUGUGUGUUUAACCUUGAGGGAUUUCUUAGUGAUCCUUCUGUGGAUCAGAUUGAUCGCUGCAGAAAAAAAGAUUUGUAUGCCAUUGCGGCACAUUUUUCAUUUGAAGCAUCAGCAGGUCUGCUUAAAGCAGAAUUGAAAGAAGCUGUUGUACAGAUGUUAGUACACGAAAAAGUGUUUGGUACUGGCAGCGGUGCGACUGCUAGUGAGCCUACUAUUUCCCCAUCCUUGUCUUCUAGCUCAGAGAAGGAGAGCAGGGAGGAAGAAGUAGUUGAGAGAGGGCUGGUUGAGAGUAAGCCAGUUCCUGUAGAUACAGACGCUAAUGUGGAGUUUAAGCCUCCUCAUACUGUGCCCCGAUUCUCUCCGUUUUCCUUACCUAGGGUAAGUGAUGAUGCCCGCCAUAGGCUACGCAUAGCGCGUUUGCAACUGGAGGCUCAAGAAAAAGAUAGAGACGCUGAAUACAGUCACAAGUUGGCUAUUCGGAAGAUGGAGCUAGAGAUGGAGGCGGACACCGCCAACCGCAAAAUUGAAUUAGAGAUAGCUGCAGAAAAAGAGGUGAAGCUUAAGCGCCUAGAACUGGAAGCUGCUUCUCUGAGUUUAGCUCAAUCACCUGGUCAUAGGUCCAUACAUUCUGAUCCCUCUGCGCCUACGAGAGGUUUUGAGGUGAGCAGAAAUGUUGUUUUGGUACCUCAAUUUCGUGAGGCGGAAGUAGAUGCCUAUUUUACUGCGUUUGAGCGAGUUGCCACCUCACUGAAAUGGCCAAAAGAGGUCUGGUCGAUACUGCUGCAGUGUAAACUGACAGGUAAGGCCCAGGAAAUUUAUGCUGCACUUUCUCUAGAAGAGAGUUUAUGCUAUGAAAGUAUUAAGACAGCUGUGCUUCGUGCCUACGAACUAGUGCCUGAGGCCUAUAGACAGAAAUUUAGAACUUUUAAAAAAGUGUCUAAUAAAACCUUUGUUGAGUUUGCCCGUGAGAAGGAGACUUUGUUUAAUCGAUGGUGCAAGGCAAGCAAUGCGAUAAAUUUUAACACUCUGUCACAAUUGGUCCUCAUUGAAGAGUUUAAAAAUAGUCUGCCUGAUCGUAUUGUGACGUAUCUCAAUGAGCAAAAGGUAGGGACAUUAGCGGAGGCUGCUGUGCUUGCCGAUGAGUUUGUUUUAUCGCACAAACAAACUUUUGUGAGUCCCCGAUAUGAGAGUAGGUCUUUUACUCCUUCUGCCUCAGCUAGAAUGCCGUCUAGUCCUCCACGUCCAUUGCCACUCCGCUCCACUGAGGAACGAGAGCUUUAUUGUCACCAAACAGGUCACGUAAAGAAUGACUGUUUUAUGUUGAAACGCAAGCUGUCGCAGCCAAGCAAACGACCAAAAGAGGUUUUGUUAGUACGAACGUUAGUGGGUCCAGUGUCCCUAGCCCCGGAGAUGGAGGGUGACAAUCUGGAACCCUGUUAUAAACCGUUCAUGUUGGACGGGUUGGUUUCUCUCAGCGCAAAUGCGUUGAACCAGUGUCCAGUGCGUAUCCUUAGAGAUACUGGCGCAGCACAGUCUUUUAUCUUAUCAGAUGUGUUACCUUUUAGUAAUGACUCUUCAAGUGGCUCUAGUGUGCUUGUGCAAGGCAUUGAAAUGGGGUUUGUGUCUGUGCCUCUCCAUGAGAUACAUUUAUCCUGUGACUUAGCAAAUGGAGUGUUUAAAGUGGGUGUGCGCCCGUCUUUGCCUGUUAGAGGCGUCACAUUUCUACUAGGGAAUGACAUCGCUGGUGGCAAAGUGAUGCCAGCUUUAGAAGUUCUAGAACGACCUGAGAUUUUGCAGCCUGAUGUGUUGGCUCAGGACUUCCCUGAAGUGUUCCCUGUGUGUGUGGUCACUCGUGCUCAAGCACGUAGUUUGGGUGAAGCAGUUGUUUUGUCGGAUACUCUGUUCGCGACUGAGUUGACCGGCCAGACUGUUUCUCCACCUGUGUUUCCGCAGUCUACUGCUGAGCCGAGUGUCCAGCCUAAGGUUCAAUGUGAUACUUCCACCAAAGAGACAACUAGGUUGCCUAUGAUUAGAAGUAAUCUGAUUGCUGCUCAGAAAGAGGACGUGACUUUGGUGAAGUGUUUUGAUGCGGCUCUUGCUCCAGAGAGCGCUAAAAAUAAAGAAAGUGACUAUUUUGUUGAAAAUGAUCUCUUGAUGCGGAGAUGGAAAUCUCGCGCUGAGUUUGAUAAUGACUGGACUAAUGUCUUUCAAAUUGUUGUGCCUACACCGUACCGACAGUCCGUUCUAUCUCUGGCUCAUGAACAUCUCUGGUCUGGUCAUCUAGGUAUUACAAAAACCUAUGACCGAGUGUUGCGACAGUUCUUCUGGCCAGGUUUGAAGCGAGAUGUGUCGUUGUUUUGCCGUACAUGCCAUGUAUGUCAGGUCACGGGGAAGCCUAAUCAGGUUAUAAAGCCUGCGCCUCUUCACCCUGUCCCAGCUAUAGGGGAACCGUUUGAGCAUGUACUUGUGGAUUGUGUUGGCCCUCUGCCAAAAACGAAAUCCGGUAACCAGUUCCUGUUGACCAUAAUGUGUGUAGCUACCCGGUACCCUGAGGCGAUCCCUCUUAGGAGCAUAACAGCUCAGUCAGUAGUAAAGGCCCUGAUCAAGUUCUUUUCUACUUUUCGGGCUCCCUAAGAUCGUGCAAACCGAUCAAGGUACCAACUUCCUUUCGGGUAUUUUUGAACAGGCUUUAACAUCACUGUCUAUAUCACACAGAAUCUCGAGUGCUUAUCACCCGGAGUCACAGGGCGCGCUCGAAAGAUGGCAUCAGACGUUUAAGUCGGUGUUGCGGAAAUAUACCAUGGAGAGUGGUAGGGAAUGGGAUGAAGGAGUCCCUUUGGCUUUAUUUGCAGUUAGGGAAAUAGUGCAAGAGUCACUAGGAUUUAGUCCAGCAGAGCUGGUAUUUGGUCACACAGUGAGAGGCCCUUUAAGAAUGUUGAGAGACCAGCUAACUGGCGAGAGUUCGCCCACCCAGCGAAACGUUCUGACCUACGUCAGUCGCUUCAGAGAACGACUGCACGAGGCUUGCAGUAUCGCUAGGGAAAGUCUCUCUGUUGCACAACAGGGUAUGAAGCGGCAUUUCGAUAAGAAAGCACUUCCGGUCUUUUCAAGCAGGUGACUUGGUUUUAGUGUUGCUGCCCAUUCCAGGUAGUUCAAUGAGUGCACGAUUUUCAGGACCGUACACUAUUGACAGGAGUUUGAGUGAGACUGAUUAUGUAGUCAGAACCCCUGAUAGAAGGCGGAAAACCAGAGUGUGUCACAUUAACAUGUUGAAGAGGUACUACACUAGAGGCAACGCUCAGCUUGAGACUCACAGUGCGCCUCUUGUAGCCACUGUUGCGGCUUCGGUGUCAGUAGCUGUGAGCCCUACGGCAGAGAGUGAUGAGGAUGGCCUGAGUUUGCGCAAUGCCCAGCAACAGACACCUCGGUUGACAAACUCAGAAAUGUUGUUAAAACUACCGUCUUUAAUGCAUCAUUUAAGCAGGGAACAGGAAGCUGACCUACUCUGCCUUAUCUCUGAGUUCCCCUGUCUGUUUGGAGAUGUGCCUACCCGCACUACGGUGUUAGAGCACGACAUAGAUGUGGGUGAGUCCAGACCGACUAAACAGCACCCAUACAGAGUAAAUGCCUACAAGAGAUCUCUGAUGAAGAAAGAGGUUGAUUAUUUAUUGGAACAUAAUUUAGCACAGCCCAGCUCUAGCCCAUGGAGUUCUCCGUGCUUAUUAGUUCCAAAGCCUGACGCGACUGUCCGUUUCUGUACAGAUUAUCGGAAGGUAAACAAUGUCACUGUGCCGGACUCUUUUCCUAUGCCCCGCGUAGAUGAUUGCGUGGAUACCAUAGGAUCAGCUCGCUUUGUAACAAAGUUAGACUUAUUGAAAGGUUAUUGGCAAGUUCCCCUUUCACCACGGGCUUCUGCCAUCAGUGCAUUUGUGACUCCAGAUAAUUUUCUACAGUAUUCCGUGAUGGCUUUCGGGAUGCGAAACGCACCGGCCACUUUCCAGAGGUUGGUGAAUAUUGUGUUUAGUGGUGUGCCUAACUGUACUGCAUAUUUGGAUGAUGUGGUAAUACACUCGUCAGAGUGGCCUGCUCAUGUGGAUUCGCUCAGAACCGUGUUUCAACGACUGGCUGAUGCAUCUCUGACACUGAACCUCGCGAAAUGUGAGUUUGGGAAGGCGACGGUGACCUACUUGGGUAAACAGGUGGGCGGAGGCCAAGUGCGUCCCUUGGAGGCCAAGAUCGCAGCUAUUACGUCUUUCCCAGUACCCACCACUCGGCGGGAGUUACGCCGAUUCUUAGGAAUGACAGGUUACUACAGAGGGUUCUGUAGGAACUUCUCUUCUGUUGCAGCCCCAAUGACUGACUUGAUCAGUCCAUUGGUUAAGUUUGUAUGGUCAGAUCGGUGUCAAAUCGCCUUUGAAUGCUGCAAAGCGUUAUUGUGUAAUGCCCCAGUACUGAGUGCUCCUGAUUUUGAUAAACCGUUUGCCAUUGAAGUAGAUGCGAGCUGUAUUGGUGCUGGUGCAGUUUUAACUCAGAUUGAUUCUGAGGGUUUGGUCCACCCUGUAGGUUUCUUUUCAAAGAAAUGUACUAGUAGCCAAAUGCGCUCCUCUACAAUAGAGCAGGAGACGUUGGCUUUGCUGCUAGCGCUCCUAUGUAUGUUACGCCCCCCUGGUGGCUCGGAGUAGGACGCAACAUAA